UCAAGGUGAAAUCGGCGAUUGACUAAACUAAGCAACGUAAUCUCGUGUUGUUACUAAACCCUAGCUUAUGAACGAGCUUCUUCGAAAGCGCUUUUCCGCUUCCUCCCGACGUGGGCUUUACCCCAGCGCGCGCGUUCCGCCUCUUCCUGGGAUGGAGAUGCGAGCACGCGAGGAUACGUGCAUGUCGCACGACCUCACCCCGCCCAUUCCACCUUAUGCCGUUUCCCUCCACGAUCGCUUCCUUUGUUCUCAUUGCUCCUCGUGCUUCCGCGCUCUCCCCUCUCAUGCCCCUCAACAAUGCUUUGAUCUCAAAUCACGGUCCAACUCCGCCCCUCCCUUCUCCUGUCCUACUUGCUUUGCCUCCGUCCGCUACUGCUCCUCUGCCUGCUUUGCUUCUGACCGUCCCCUCCACGUAUCCUCACAUGAAUGCUUCUUGCUCCACCAGUCGCAUUCUGGCACAUGUCCCGCUGAUGAUGAUACUGCUGACCUCCGCGUCGCUCUCCGCCUACUUUACUCCCUAGAGAUGCGGGGGCUCCUCCCUUCUGAAUCAACCGAUCUGCCAAACCGGAUUGGUGGGUUGCUAGUGAGUGAUCUUCAGAAGGUUCUAGAAGAAGGCGGAGAAGUUGCUGAGAAGAUAAGGGAGGGGGGUAUGCGGAUGUCGUGUGCAAGAAAUAGUGGGGGUUUACAUGGGGCAGUGAUGGUGGAGGAAGUGGUGUUAUGGGCGGUGAUAACAAAUGCAGUGGAGGUGCAGGUCAGCAAGGGGCCGGCACUUGGGGUCGCGGUGUAUGGGCCCUGGUUUUCUUGGUUCAAUCAUAGCUGCUCGCCCAAUGCUUGUUACCGGUUUGAGCUGGACAAUUGGUGCGAAGAAUCCACUUCUUGUGAAUCCAGCUCUUUUCGGGUUUCCCCUGCUAGUACAGAUGAAGCAUCAAUUGCGUGGCAGGGAUGGUAUCAUGAAGAAGGCGGUCUGGCUCGUGCCUUAGAAUUUUGUAAAUAUGGUCCGAGAAUUGUUGUUCGCAGUAUCAAGCCAAUCAAUAAAGGCGAGGAGGUGUGCGUUACAUAUACAGACCUGCUACAACCUAUGGCAAUAAGACGUGUUGAUUUGUGGCCAAAGUAUAGAUUUAGCUGCUGCUGUGAGCGUUGUAGUGCAUCACCACAAUUGUACGUGGAUUAUAUUCUGAGUUGUGAUGCCAGAAACUUGAACACAAAAAACAAUAAUAGUGCGACUGCAGAAUAUGAUGAACUCGCCGAUCUUUUACACGAAGCUAUAGCUGAAUACUCAUCAGAAGACAAUCCCAAAUCGUGCUGUUAUAAGCUCGAAAGCUUGCUUCUUUCUCAAAGCUCUCGUGGCAAUAAUUCAAUGGAAAAUACACUUUCAGGAAGAAAGUUUUUAUUGCACCCACUUCAUCAUCUUUCUCUAAGUGCAUACGUGGCGCUUGCUUCUGCAUAUAGAAGUUUAUAUAUUAUUGGAUUAUACGAAGAACAAAAUGGCGAAGCCCUCAAGAUGGGCAGGGCAGCCGCAGCAUAUUCUCUGCUUCUAGCCGCUGCUACACACUAUCUAAGCUUGUUCGAAUCUUCCUUAAUUGCACCCACCUCGCAUUUUUGGUUAAGUGCUGGAGAGACUAUACUGAAUCUUGUUCAAAGCUCAAUUUCGGGGAAAGCCAAAGAGAAAUAUGAAUCAAAGUUUAGAUCGGUCUCACAUUUUCAGUGCGCCAAGAUAGAACGUUUGUCACGUGAUGAGUUCAUGUCAAACUCCAUGCAGUUUAUCGAGUGUAUAUCGACUAUAUUAUCAAGAUGCUGGCCAUUUUUAGUUCGAAGCUUCUCAUACUUAGAAAAGAUAGAGGAUCCAAUAAAUUUCACUUGGCUUGGUGGAGCAAUUCUUCGACCUCUCUGUUCUCUUGGUAGUAAAGGGACUACUGCUUUUGGCAAAAGCAAGUGUUUUGCCUGGGAAUACCAAUCAGGGAGACGCAUCGAAGAAGAGAUGAAUUGCCUCUAUCAGUUAGCCAUUUAUAGCCUUAGGUAUGGAAGAUAUUUAGCGACUAUAUGCUAUGGUCCACAGAGCUAUCUGAUUGAUAAAUUGACAAUUUGAUGAAAGAAGAAACUUCAACUCAAGCAAUGUGAGAAGGACUUCUGACGGCAAAAGGUGGUGCUUUUCUGUCAGUAGUGCUUUGCCUUAACUUGCACUACAAUUAUGAAGAACUUUUGAAAAAGAUGGGAGCUCUGAUUUCGGUGAUGUGGUUAGCAGUAAAUUCAUUCUUGAUGAUGGUAAAUUGCAAGGUAUCCAAAAGCGCUUUCGUGGUGAGGAUAUUGCAAGGAGAAAUGCUUUCCUUUGAAGAAAAAGAGGUGCAGGUCAAAUCAUUCCUUAUCAUUACUUUUAUGAGCUGAUAUGUCUUUACUUUUAUAAGUUGAUUUAUUGAGUUUUCACAUUCUACAGUUGCUUUCAAA